GCGCUUGCCCACUUAUUAUGCAAUUCUUGUGCUACUUUUGUUAGUGAGAGGUCAUGCUGUAGUCGUCGCUCUGAUGAUGAUCUCUGUUCAUCUCAUGCUCAGACUGAAAGGCAUAAGAAAUCUUUUCUUUUUAAACAACUCAGUUGUGGACCAGUCUUCCCUGGCCUCUGAGGUCCCUCUGUCCUCUUCACCCAGUAGUUCUGGGCACAAUGUUUUUAAAUGCAUGAAAUUUCCAUCUUAUAACUAUUCAUUUUAUACUGGGGAUGUGCUUAGUUUUAGUGCCUUAAAUUCUGACCUUUUGUAAGAGAAAUUGCUCUGUAUCAUCUGUUUAUGCUCUGUGUGAUAUUGCUAUUGAAGAUUCCAAACACUAUGUUUUGUGCUGCCCAAGUUUUGCUGCCCUGCAUGAAUCAUUGUUUUCCUGCUAUGCACACUAGUUGGGAGAUAAAAUAAUGGCUUUCUGCAUCUGAUAAGAGAAAAAUUGACUGGCUUCCAAAUGGAGUUCCUGGAAUCAACUUCCAACCUAAUAUUAACUUGUUUUAUUCCGUUCAGUCUUAUCUCCCUAUCAAACCAAUUUUUGUAAUUGUUUUUUACUCUUUUUUCCUUCUUUUUUGUGCUUAAUCUUGCUAUUGCUCAGCCCAUGGACAUUACAGGAGAAUAAUGCCUUAGAAUUAGCCAAUCAGAGCAUGCUUUAAAUUUGCAACAAACACAAGCCUCGGGGAACAUUGAGGGUUUCGGGAAAACAAUACUCUAUUCACUUGUAAGUGAAAAUGCUUGCAGACUAAACUGCAGCUCUAGCUGGCUGUGUGAUAGCAUCCUCCAUAGGCAUUCUAAUGGCUUAUCACACACUCCUCCCCAAUGUAUGAGUGCUGAAACAAAUGGCACAUUCCAUUCCUUUUGUUUACAAAGAUAAGCUGAAGAUCAUGAAGAGAUAACGAAAGAACAAAUCUGCCCCAGAUCAUCACGUAUUAAAUCCAGUCAUAGCCUGAAAAUAAGUAAAAUAAAUGAACAAUUUUUCUAGUCCUGUCAUGUGGGAUUUCAGUUCACUGCGAAAUACAUAUUAAAAGUAUUAAUAAUACUGAUAAGAAUACUAAUGAUAAGAGCACCUGUUAAAACGGGCAACAGACUCUUUUCUAUUAAGCAAGUGCCACACUCACAUAUAAAGUUACACUGGUUAUAUGGGGUCUGAAUAUUUUCAUUUUCAUUCUGUUGUAUUUCUGCAGAAAAAGAUCAAUAAAGAGAUGUUUUCAGCCAUUUUUUCACACAUAACACGAUCAAAAAAUGUUAAGCUAGACUUGCAUUACUCAUUUCCCUUAUAAGAUCUAACACUGACUUCCUAUGUUUAUGAAUGGGCUACCUCAAUGGCAGUUACCUGCAACAGUACUAGGAAUGGUGUAUAGAUGCUGUCUAACUUUACUUCCACAGCACAGGAAAAGAUAUAGGUCAUGGUAACUUUGUCACUAGUGUUGUCUUAAAAGGAUUACUCUUAAAAAUUGCGUGAUUGUUGCCCUUGCUGUUGCAGUUUUUCCAGUGGUGACAUAUAUGUGGGUCACUGGUGUGAUAGUCAGCGUUCUGGCCAUGGAAGUAUGAAAUCUGGCACAUCUUCCUCACUUUAUAUUGGAGAAUGGUUUCGUGACAAGAGAUCUGGCUACGGAGUUUUAGAUGACAUCCUCAGAGGAGAGAAGUAUAUGGGCAUGUGGGAAGCAGACUGUCGUCACGGUCCAGGAUUGCUUGUAACACUUGAUGGAAUCUACAACCAAGGAAUCUUUGCCCAGAACAAACUCAGCGGUGAUGGUGUUCUACUGUGUGAUGAUAACACAAAAUUUGAAGGAGAAUUUGUUGGGGAAUGUUUGUUGUCUGGCAAGGGAGUACUUACUAUGCCAAAUGGAGAUUACAUAGACGGUACAUUUACUGGCCAAUGGGGAAAUGGAAUACGAAUUAAUGGCACAUUUCAUAAGUUAGAAGCAACAGGCAAAGCCAGCAAUUCACCAAGAUCUACCAUGACAAACACCAAAUACACCAUUCCACCUGAGAAGAAGUGGGUGUCAUUAUUUUCCCAGUGCCGUCAAGCCCUUGGUCGUUGUGGUGACCGGGAUCCUGACUUGACAGUUGUGUGGCAGUCUAUAUCAGCUGCCUUAAAAAGCAAGCUUGACUCUAAACUGUCACGCGGUGAGCAGGAAAUUAUCCAAGAAUUGUUGAACAUCAACAAUGAGAUGGCACAAACUGCCAAAAACACUGUGGACUUGCAGAAAUUGCAUCUUUAUCUAACAAAGGCAUUUGACGUAAAGCAGCACCCUUUGGGACAACUUGUAAAUGGCUUGAUUGAUGUGUUUCGAGCCAGUUAUGUUGGUAUGGGCACUCACAGGAGGCUGCUGGCUCACGCUGUAGCUGAGGUCAAAUCUUUUGUUGAAAGGGUAUACAACAUGGUGCGGCUUCUAUUCCCUGAGCUACCCAAUGAAGAAUACGUUCUUUUACAUACAGACACAGUUUCAGGGGUAGCCAAUCACGGUACAGAAGAAAGUUUAACAAGCAGCAUGGUGAUGCACCCCCUGCUCUUUCCCAGACUCUUUCCACCACUGUUCACAUUGUAUGCAUUAGAUAACGAGCGAGCCGACAGUGCAUACUGGGAACGAAUCCAACAGCUGAACAAGCGCUCUGACUGGGCACUAAUGACGUAUGUGGGAAUGCAAAGUUGCCAUUUUGUUCAGGUGAAACUGGAAAACAGAGAGCCUGAGCAUUACAUCAGUGCUGUGGAAUCCCUUCAACAGAUUAGUACAAAAUUUAGUCCAAUGGAGAAGCUUGGAGUUCUAAAGACAACUUUUGAACAGAUAAAUAAAGACGUUAGUUCAUUCUGGCAAGGAGAGAGAAAGCUAGUGUCUCUGGACGAUUUGUUCCCAGUCUUUCAGUUUGUGGUCAUCCGGGCAAGGAUACCUCACCUGGGUUCAGAAAUUCAGUUCAUCGACGACAUGGUGGACAGUCACGUGCAUGUAGGAGAACAAGGACACAUGUUUACAACGCUAAAGGCUUCCUUUUUUCAGAUUCAAAAUGAGAAAGGCUGAUGGUACAUUGUAAUCAUUUAGAAAGAUAUCAAAGACGAUAUAUGAGCAGUCCAAAGACAACUAAAUGCUGCAGUAAAAUUUGCUGUAUAAAUCUUUGAUUGGUAACUUCAAUACUAGAUUACUUUUCACACAGUAUGUGUUCAGUUAGCACAGUUGUUGCCAUUUUCCAGUAACUACUCUUUUACAUUUCUGUAUCAUUUUGUAUAGAAAGGAUCCGAUAUUAUAUACACAAGAGCUAUUUAAGGAAGGGAACCCGGCCUCGAGAGUCCUCAUGGGCCUGAUGAGGAUGAGUGAGAGAGUGAGAGGAAGGAAAACAUUUUUAGUGACCGUACAUAUCUGAAAGAAAACAUAUCUGAAAGGGUUUGGAAAUUUUGUUGCCCCUCUCUUGUGACGAAGGAAAAAGAACUGAGUCCCCAACGAGCUACAGGGAGAUUUGCGGCAAGAUUGGUGUCCUGCACACUGAUGUCAGCGAUGUCGAAAAGAGAAAGAUGAAAUUUUCGGUUACGAGCGCAAUUUUUUUAGUAUAUUACGCUAGUAGUAUUUGGUAGUGUAUAAGUGGUACUGUGGGUAAUGGCAAAUCUGACGUUUAUUAUUAUCAGAAAGGGUAUUUAUAAGCUGAAGACUCUUCAAGAACUCUUUUAAUAAAAAAUAGAGCAGUUAGCCAAUAAACUAUUCUUAAUAAAGUUGCAAUUUUAUUGUGAAGACACUUGUUUUCACGCUUGGGUUUUGGUUUGCUUUUCCAGACAAUUAAUUGAAUGAACUGAAAUAAACGGCAUACAGUGUAUGGAUAGGUGAUA